AUGUCGCUCGAUCCGCCCACCUACCUAGCCUCGCUCCAGAGCAACAUUCGACAACGGCCAAUCCCCUGGGAUGGGGCUGUUAGAGCUGGAACGCUCACCGAAGAGCAAUAUGCAAAGAUUCGCGCCGUAGACAAGGCCAAGAAGCCUGAGCAGAGAAAAGAGGUUGUGGAAAACGACCUCGAUGGCUACAGACUGCUCUUCGUUGGCGGCUCAGGCAAGUCCAGCGUCUUGGAGACUGCAGGCAAGCAUGCCAAUGUGAUUCAAUACAUUCUGGUUCUGUUAGCCGAUCUUGUUGAUGCUGUUCCGUCCCUGGCGAAAGAGCUGUUCAAACACACGGACCCUUACACGCAUUUCCUACCGUUGCUGCACUCCAACACCACGGAAGAUCCCAUCCCGUUGCUUACGUCGCAUGCACUGACGAGCCUCAUGUCACUGGCCCGGGACGAAUCACGAGCUACGGAGCAGGCCUUGCCGGUGGUGUUUACGUACCUCUCAGGUCUGGCAAAGAGCACGGACGCUGGCCUGCAAGAUAUCGCUGUCCAAGAAUAUUCAGCGCUCCUGUUUGGCCGGUCGUCGCGCGAAAAGUUUUGGAAUCAGAGAAGCGAAACCGUCCAGCCUCUUGUCAAGAUUCUCCAGACGGCUGCUGGCAUUGGCAACGGAGGAAACUCUGCCGCCAGCUUGUGGAGUGGCAACGUCAACGUUCGCAACACUGGCUUUGAGGGGUCUCUGGGCGGUGGCGUGGGCCUUCAAUUGCUGUACCACGUUUUGCUCGUUAUCUGGCAGCUGAGCUUUGAGGCUGACGAGGUUGGUGACGACCUCAACGACGAGUACGACGUCAUCUUGCUCUACACUCAUCUUCUACGACUGUCACAAAAGGAAAAGACGACGAGGCUCAUCUUGUCUACGCUGUACAACCUUCUCCACAAGAACCAAACGUCUCUUCUCCCUACCGCAGUGCUCGCUCGGCUGCCGGCUUUGUUGGACAACCUCGGCAGUCGCCACAUGUCGGACCCGGACUUGUUGGAAGAUUUGCAAAGCCUAAAGGAGCUGCUGGAUGAGUACACCAAGACCAAGACGACGUUUGACGAGUACGUUGCCGAAGUCAACUCGGGCCAUCUCCGCUGGUCACCGCCACACCGAAGCCAAGUGUUUUGGGCCGAGAACGCCAGAAAGAUUCUCGAAUUUGAGAAUGGCGAAAUCCCCCGCAAGCUGGCCGAAAUCAUGCAGAAGCCGUGGGACAACGACAAGCAAGUCCUCGCCAUUGCCUGCAACGACAUUGGCUGUUUGGUCAAGGAAGUUCCCGAAAAGCGAUAUCAGUUGGAAAAGGUUGGCCUCAAAACGCGGGUCAUGGAGCUGAUGCAGAGCGAGGAUGAAAACGUGCGAUGGGAGAGCCUGCGGGCGCUAGGCGGGUGGCUCAAAUACAGUUUUGAGCAGAGGCAGUAG